AUGUUGCGAGUGUGUGAGAAACUCCGUGAGGCGGACGAGGAGGGCAGGAGGUACGGACUAGCCCGUGCGGAGACAGGCUACCUCCGUGCCCUGGUGGACGCCAUGGCCGACACGGACAGGCUGGCGGAAGUGGAGCUGCUCAAAACUCUGGGCGACGUGAACGUGGAGAAGGGAAGACUUGGGAAGGACGUGGGGAAGUUCAACACGGCCUUGGCGCUUUAUCUGGCUGCUAUGGUACGGUGUUACCAUGAAGAACAGGCAGAUGGUAUAGAACACCGCUACCACUACACGGAGAGGCUUUUACAAGGGGUGUCGUCACAGGGUAAGGAACAGCCAACUGAAGACAAGGGGACGACUACACCUGCAAAGGUAGCGGAAAAGUUCCAAGAUCUGGACAAGAGACGGGCUACCGAAGGUACCACGGACUCUUUGCUGGUUGGAUACGCACAGGUGAUGGUAGAGGGGAUAGUAAACGACAACGACAUGUUAGAAACAGAAGCGAUCAAGAGUCUGGGUGACGUGUACCUGAAAAGAGGAACAGAAACUGGAGACACUAGAAACUUGACCAGAGCUACUGCUCUGUACAACAGGGCACUGGCGCGCUGUCACAACGUUCAUGGAACAGUUGUCAUUGUUCACCGCUUACUGCACACAGCAAAAAUCAGACAAGACGUGAUCACCACAAGAAACAAGAGGCCAACACACAAGCAACGACAACAAGACGUGAGAGGACGGAAGGGCCACUUCUCUCCCUUCUCAGCUGCGCCCUCUAGCGACGGAACCACCUGUCAAGUUGACGAUAUAUCCUACCGCAGAUACAUUCAGACGGCAGAAAGUGAUGUGAGAAAUGGAGACCUGGACGCAGCAGAGCAGAACUUAGCAGCCGCACUAAAACUUGUUCACGAUCGCGAUAAGCCCAACAAGGCUAAAGAAGCCGACUGUCUGUGCAGGUUGGGUGACGUCUACGUCGAGCGAGGUAAGCGGACAGGAGAAGGUAGGAAAUUCACACAGGCGGCAGCUCUGUAUAACGCCUCCAUGGCUAGAACAGAUGGAGACAAACAGAACAUGAUCACAAGACUGCAAGAAACAGAAAGGCAGUUCCUUAGAAACACCUGUAACCUUGACUGUGAACCGUGCCCGUAUAGCAGCGCGUUAGAUCACAAAAAGGAACUGGACAACUCGCGCGCCCGUGCAAAAUCUCAGCUCGAAACAAUUCAUCAGGAACACAACCCUUAUCAGUAUGAUGAAGAUGAUCCCAUAGUAAGAGAGGUAGAGAUCAAACGAGCAGAAGCAAUCAAGAACUUGUUCAAAAGCAUUGCAGUUGGAAGACAAAGGUUUAUCUAUGUUCUGACAGAUGAAUGCAUUGCCAAACUUGGACCUCCUCCCUGUAAGUAUGCUUUCAUCGGGUUGGGAUCACAGGCAACAGAACUGGUGACGCCGUACUCCGACCUGGAGUACUCCAUUCUGAUUGAGGAGGGGAAGGAUGAUGAUGACGAUGCACGGAGGUACUUCCUAAAUCUCACACACUACUUACAUCUAAAAGUCAUCAACCUUGGGGAAACAAUCCUCCCGGCCAUGGCCAUCCCGUCACUCAACGACUUUCUCUCAGAAGACCCAGAGAAAGACUGGUUCUUCGACUCCGUCACACCUCGCGGCUUCGCCUUCGACGGCUUCAUGCCAUGGGCUUCUAAAACUCCCUUUGGAAGAGACGAAACCAAAAGCAAACCUCCCGUUAGUCUCAUCCAGACUCCUGCUAAGUUGGCCGAAUAUCAGCAUCUGCACAUCGCCCUGGCGGAAGGCUAUCACCUGUCAGACAUCCUCAGACGGGUGACCUACUUAGCAGGAGACGAGUCUUUGGUGGAUGAUUAUACGGACAGAGUCAACAAAAUCGUAGACCGUUCCCCUGUUCUGUCACGGUUGUCAGCAAUGCUAAUACUGAAGGAUAAUAUUGGGCAAAUAGAAAACGUUGAACCGACGGGAAAACUUCUGAAUGUGAAGAAAGAAAUAUAUCGUUUUCCCAGCGUGGCCGUUGAUGUGUUGAGUAUUUGCUGUGGUAUUACGAUCCCCAGUGUGUGGGGAAUGAUAGAAGAGUUACGCAAAACACAGCGGAUCAGUCACGAGGAUGCCCACCACUUGACUGUACUGAUCAGCAUCUCAGCGGAGCUGCGGUUAAGAACGUACAUUGCCAACGGAGGACAGAAGGACAGACUGUCUCCUCUCACGGAGAUGAAAGUCCAACUGGACAAACAUGACGUAGAUGACACUUUCGUUCAUUCCGUUUUCUACAUACCGGACUCUAAAAUGUUGUUCAGGUACUAUUAUACAGCUAUUCCAUUAAAACGAUGCAUUUCGGAUACAAUCUCAGAGAAAAAUGCAACGACAAAGAUAUUCCCAACAGCAAUCUACGACACCUCAUUUCAAAUCAGGGGUGAAAUAACAGGAGAGCUGUUGCAGUUAGACGCAUCCAUACGUCACUUUGAGGCAGCACUGGAAGAGGCGGGCGGUGACAAGAAAAAACAAUUAGACAUCCUUUUUGACCUAGGCAAUGUCUCGUACAGGCGCGGUGACUCAUAG